AAGAUCUUCGCUUGGGCGAUGAAAGUGAGAGCCUCCACUGACCGUCUUGUCGUUCCACUGCUUGUUGGUUUUGUUUGAAUUCCAAUCCUCUUGCCAUGAUCCGACCACUAUCAGCGUCCUUGUCGCUCCACUCGAACAGAGCAAUCCAGUCUCGAUUCGGCGUGGCUGCUAUUAAUAGUAUUCGUCAGAAUAGCCGGGCCUUUUCGAGUGGAGGCGGUGGUGGCGGUGCCGGUUUCUUUCAACGCGUCUCGUCCUUCCUGGUGGGAGCCGGUUUGAUGGCUCUGGGAACCCAAUACACUCUCUAUAAAGAAUUACGAGAAGGCAACAAGGAAAUGAUCAAGAAACAAACGGAUUUGGAGAAGCGGUUGGCAGCUUUGGAAAGCUAGUCUAGCUAGCUAGAUCCUAAGAGUCAGAUAGUAUGAUCCCAUUGUCCUUAGAUUCCAAUCAGACGAGCUUGUUUGUGGUAUGGUAGCAAAAGUACGGCGUACUCUUUGGACCAUGCAGGAUCCAUCAAACUAGCUAGUUAGUUGAUAGAGCAACUUCAUGUUGGGAUCUCUUGUCCAUGUGCGCACGAAAUACCAAGAAGGUUGUGAUUCCUCCAUGAGAAGUCCUUUGCCGGACAGCUUGUACUCAUCUAGCUAGCUAGCAAUCUACUAGCUAUACAGUAGCUAGCUCAUGAAUUCUGCAGUGUUUCAGAAUAUAGAUGAUCUGUUACUACCAUACCUUGGCUUGAUAUCCAACUGGUACCAACAAAUCCACCGGUAGGCAAUUGUUUUGGAUGAGCCUACUAUUUGGCAAGUACUACUAGUGCGUACCGGUAGGGUAAAAGUUUCCUGAGAAUUAAUUAAACGAAUCGAAUCUUCUACU